UUUUCUUUUCUUUCCGGCUGUUUUGUCGCCAUCGCGAGGGAACGAGGCUGCUGCUUUCUUUCCGUUUCUAGGGCUUCGACCAAGGUGAGUUUACUUUAUCACACUCGGUGAAGAACGGCUUCGAAGAAGCCUGCGAUCACACUGAGAAGAAUGAAGGUGAUUGCUGCUUAUUUGCUUGCUGUCCUUGGUGGCAACUCCAAACCUUCUGCCAAUGAUCUGAAGCAUAUCCUUGGAUCAGUUGGAGCCGAUGCAGAUGAUGAGAGGAUUGGUUUGUUACUGUCUCAAGUUAAAGGCAAGGACAUAACUGAGCUCAUUGCUGCUGGAAGGGAGAAGUUUGCUUCUGUUCCUUCUGGCGGUGGUGGUAUUUCAGUGGCUGCACCUGCGGGAGGAGUUGGAGCUGCUGCUACCACUGCUCCUGCUGCUGCAGAGACUAAAAAGGAGGAAAAAGUUGAAGAGAAGGAAGAAUCAGAUGAUGAUAUGGGCUUUAGUUUGUUCGACUAAUGGGGUGCUAAGCUCAAAUCUGGGAUUGUUGUGUUGUUGAUCUCAUCAGUUUUCAUUCAGCAAAUGUUGAAACUUGUUCUUAUCAAUCAGUAGUUUUAGUUUGUUUAAUGUUGUGAUGGUGCGUAGUUUCUGUUUGUAUUUUGGUUACAAUUAUACAUUACAAACUGCAGAUCAAUUAUGACCAAUUUUGUUUUCUUAA